AGUCCACCGCCAUCUGCUGAAACAGUGGUUCUGCCGGUGUGCUGUAGGGCGGAACACUUUCGAAGCAAUACUAUAAGGCGCGAGAAUUUCUUCGUGGGUAGUUUGCGACUGUUUGUGUUAGUAACUGUACUGUCUUCCGUGUAGUGCCAGCGGGAAAAUGGACGUGCGUGCUUGCUGGAACGGUCGAGGUCUUGGUUGGUCGCAUGCUAUGUGCAUCGAAGGGUGUAUUUGCGACCGACCACACUAUGUUGUGUUGUGCCACUGUUGCGGAUUUCAUUGUAUGGGGCGAUUGCAAAUUCAGUGCAAGAGUCAUCCAAACGUGAAAUUCCUUAUGGACAUCGACCACUGCCCGAAAUGCAAGGCUCAACAGUUUAUGAUGAGCGAGUGUUGUGUCGAAGAUUUUCCAAGGAAAGGUGUCAUUGCACGAUUGUGCAACGUCGCCUGUGGUGCCACUUCACGCGGACCUGCUGAUUUAUUCCCCCCAGUCAUCAAAAACAAAUCAGCAACAUUUGAAAAUUGUCCAUGUAACGCAAAUAAAAAGUGCCAAGUUCAUCAAAAUUCACUAUAACCAGUUGGUGUAACAUUGGAUCAAUAGAACAUCUUAUUCUUUUUUCUCUGUAGAAUGCCAGGCUGGUUUUGUUAAUGCAACCAAAACAAUAGAAGAUUAUUAUGAAAAAUUGCACAAUCGUGACUUAUCUUAAAUGCAAAAUAAUACUCUUGUUACAUGCGGGUUUAGGUCUACAGUUAUUUUAACCUUCCCUAGAGCACCACAGCACUAGCGGCACAACCAAGAGCCCACAAUUUUGUAAAACAAAAUUGUUUACUGAAACAACUUCAGUUAAGAUGUUUUGGUUGAUCUGAAUUCAGAUAAUCGAUGUACUACCAUAAUUUUAUUUUUGUUUAAGUAUUUUAAUUUUUUUAAUCCUAAUGGUGCUACAUUACUAAUUGAAAGAUAGUUUCAUUGUGUUCAUUGUAGUAUAGAAAGCCAUUGUAAUGUUAACUCCAUGUGGAAAAUUGAAUAAAUAAUGUACAUUUUCUUUGUAUUUAACUGUAGAAGUUAAUGAUCAUUUUACAUUUUUUGUAUUACUUGCAGGUAACUUUUGCACUAUGAUUUGAAUGCUUUUUUUGCCACUUUGUAAACAAUUAGUACAUUAAAAUGUUCAAUAAAUCUUGUGUAAUUGAUUUCAUCCUG